AUGCCUGCACUCGCCGUGACAUAUAUCGAUACACCAGCGACAAUCGAUGGCACAGAACUGAAGUCCCCCAAUGUCACAAAUGUCACAAGAGAUUCGGGCCACUUACACGAAGAAUCUUCUGUGCGUAGUGUGGGCGUGCCUUCUGCAAAUGUGCUGCAAUGGAGACCCGUCGACAAGUAUGGCGCACAGCUUAUGCUUACCCUGAUGUUAACCAGUGUCAGACGUGUCGAUGUGUGCACACCCUGUUGCAUUGAGCCACUUAAACCGCCCAAAAAUCAUGUACCAUCGGCCCAUUUGCCACCCAUUCGACCAAACGCGAAACGGUCCUUAACAUCAGGAACUUAUUCUCCAGCCAUUAAACCUGACGAACUCGAGGCAAUUGUAGAAGCGAACCAAUUUCAAGACACUGAACUGGGACAGACGAUCCCGCCGGUUCCGCUUGGCCUAUCUGCAACAGAAGUCGAUCAAGUGCGGCAGGUAAUAGUUCGACUCGCCAGCAGUUAUAGGCAGGGUCCUCCUGCGACAUCAGUGGGUUCGAGAGUACACAAGUCUGCCUCACAGCGUCAGUUUGAGGCCGUCCUUACCGCUUGGCCUCAAGAACUCUCACUACUGGAGGAAGACAAGGGACGAUUGAAGCAACUGCCUGCCGCGGAGCAAAAGAAGGCCCAAGAGGAGUUUGAUCGAAAAGUUCAUGACACUGUGGGAAAAUACAUGGAGUACCUGCGUGUGGUUCAGGGCACCUUCCUUCACCGAGAUACUCAGCCGAGUGAAAGCCCAAGUGACACUGAGGAUUGCAAAGAAGAAAUCGAUGCGAGUUCUAAGGCCGCAACGUUUCACCUGGACCCACAUGACCCCGAACACCCUGAUUUAGGAGAGCUUGAGGAUGAGGCUCAUGGGUUCUCCAUCAACAGCACCGAAGCUGAUGAGUCCGACAUCUACUCACGAAUGCAAACAGACAACGAAGAAGAUACUCUAGGGCUGAGAAAUAGCAUUCCAAACAUUGAGCCCCCAACAUUGGUCGCCUGGCGUGGACUAUCACCUCUAAGUUCACGGGAUAGUGUUGACGAAACUCCUAUGCCAGCCCGCCCUAGGCUGCUCUCGUUGCCCGCGGGUUCCAGCUCUGACGGUGGUGAUGUAGGAACCAAUUUUCACAUAGCGGCGAAAGGUCUAUCACUUGAGCUGGCUAUACCAACGGUCAUGCACGCCCACACCCCCGAGGCCGAUAGGUCACCAAUGACUCAUAGCACAGACCUUAGCGACGUAGAUGGCGGACUUCCUAGCUCGUACACUACUUCUUCCUUUGAAGGCUACAAAGGAAGGCUACCCGAACUUGACAAGGAUAUGAUACGAGGACCAAGACGUAGCUAUCAAGGUCAUCCAGCAUACACACGCACUGCAUUCUACUCGCAGGGCAAGCAUCUUUUGGGGAUUUUCGCAGAAGUAUGGUGGAAGCUUGAUCAUCCAAAUAUCCUUCCACUCCUUGGGGUCCUGAAGGAUCCUGAGCUCGGUGAGUUUGGAGCUCUGCUAUCUACAUUUCGACAAAAUGGCUCUGCUGAUCUGUUUAUCCAACGCGCUAGUGUCCGCGUGGAAGACCGCUUGAAACUGUAA